AUAUAAAUAUGAAAGAAUCAGAUUCUAACUACUCAGUAUUGUCAAUUUUUCGACAUUGCUAUUUAAAGAAAUAAUAAAACUUUAAAAAAUUCUUUUACGAUGGUCAGCUAUCAAUUAACAGCGUUUAUUUCACUAGCAUUGGUCUGUACUUGUUCCAAUGCUUUUACAUUUGAAGCCCCAAAAUGCAUUAUUCGCAGUUAUUGUGGAAGAGAUAAUGCGAUAGUGAAACUUGUUCCACAGAAACCAUUCAACGGAUUAAUUGGCACGGACGUUGAGAACCCAGAGUGUAAACUUAGAUUCAAAUCUGAUGAGAAAUCGAUUUUAUUCGAUGUGAACUUCAAAAAUUGUACAUUAGGAUCAAAUCAAUUUGUGUUACAUGUUUACAGCCCUAUAAUGUUAACAGAAGAUUUUGGGUUCCGUGGACCAGCUCUUAUCUCUGAACAAGUCACUUGUUAACAGACGGACUAAAAGUAACAAUGAUUUUUGUAAAAUCUCAAAAAUCGAUUCCAUGAGUAAAAAAUAAAAAGAAAUCAAU